AGCUCGGGGGGCGUGGCUCGGCGGGAGGCGGUGGCGGCGGGCGGCGGCGGCCGGGCCGGGCCAUGGGGAAGGAGCAGGAGCUGCUGGAGGCCGCCCGCACCGGGAACCUGCCCGCCGUGGAGAAGCUGCUGUCGGGGAAACGUCUCAGCUCUGGCUUCGGCGGCUCCGGGGGGGGAGGAGGAGGAGGUGGAGGAAGCGGCUCCGGGGGCGGAGGCGGCGGAGGAGGCAGCGGGAGCGGCGGUGUGGGGCACCCGCUGUCCAGUCUGCUCAGCAUCUGGAGAGGGCCAAAUGUGAACUGCGUUGACAGUACUGGAUACACUCCACUGCACCAUGCUGCUUUGAAUGGUCAUAAGGAUGUGGUGGAAGUUCUGCUGAGGAAUGAUGCACUAACCAACGUAGCAGACUGUAAAGGCUGUUACCCUCUUCACCUGGCAGCUUGGAAAGGAGAUGCAGACAUAGUGAAGCUCCUCAUCCACCAGGGACCUUCGCAUACUAAAGUGAAUGAGCAGAAUGCUCUUGAGAUCAAAGAACUCAAAAAGUACGGCCCCUUUGACCCAUAUAUCAAUGCCAAGAACAACGACAACGAGACGGCGCUGCACUGCGCCGCGCAGUACGGCCACACAGAGGUGGUGAAGGUCCUUCUGGAGGAGCUGACCGACCCCACCAUGCGCAACAACAAAUUUGAGACUCCUCUGGACCUGGCCGCACUCUACGGGAGGCUGGAAGUCGUGAAGAUGCUCUUGAACGCUCACCCGAAUCUUUUAAGCUGCAACACUAAGAAACACACGCCUCUGCACUUGGCGGCUAGGAAUGGUCACAAAACUGUAGUCCAUGUCCUCCUCGAUGCCGGCAUGGAUAGCAACUAUCAGACUGAAAAAGGCAGUGCUUUGCACGAAGCUGCUUUGUUUGGCAAGACAGAUGUGGUACAAAUAUUGCUGGCUGCAGGUAUUGAUGUGAACAUAAAGGAUAACAGAGGCCUGACAGCUCUGGAUAUUGUGAGGGAACUUCCUUCUCAGAAAAGCCAACACAUAGCAGCUCUCAUCGAAGAUUACACAAUUGGGAAGAAAAGUGCCAAAGCUGCAGAGAAGACUGUUCAAGCACCACUUGUUCCAGCCACUGAUCCUAUGAGCCGGAUAUCUCAGGGUGAUGUGGAGAAGGCAGUUACAGAACUGAUCAUAGAUUUUGAUGUGAACCCAGAAAAGGAGAGCCCAUAUGAAGCUUUGUACAAUGCAACGUCCUGCCACUCCCUGGACAGCCUUGCCAGCGGGAGGUCUUCAGAUCGAGAGUCUGUGAAUAAGGAAGUGGAAUCAACCGGUCUCAAAGCAGCAGGAGUCAGGCCUAGAGAACGUCCACCCCCACCUGCCAAGCCUCCGCCUGAUGAAGAGGAGGAUCAGCAUGUGGAGAAGAAGAUAAGCCACGGCGCUUCCUGUGAGGCCUCUGUUGCACGAGGAAGGAGCAGGGGAAGUGGAGCUGAGGAAGAAGAACACCCUUACGAGCUGUUGCUUACAGCAGAAACUAAAAAGCCAGUUGCGUUGGAUAGGAAAACAAAAGACCACAGGAGGAGCAGCGGCGGCCGCAGCCAGGACUCUGCCGACGGCCAGGACAUCCAGGUUCCAGAGCAGUUUUCAGGGUUGCUUCACGGUUCUUCCCCGAUCUGUGAGAUAAGUGAGGACCCUUUCAGGCUCGUUUCCUCUGCAGAGAAAGGAGGCACGGAAGUUACAAGCCACCCACCUGCUAUGCAGCUGGAGGAUGCUGACUUACCUGCCUCUGGAUCAGUACGGACCAGCUCUCCGGACCAAAACCAGAAAGCAGUCUACGCAACCAUCCAGCACACGCACGUCAACCGGGCGGAUCCUGAAACUGUAGUCACGCCCCACGUGCUACAGCACCCUGGCAGUGCUGAGGAAGAGGGGGACAGAGCUGUGGGCAGAGCCCACCCAGGGAGCAAGCCCAAAGCUGAGCUUAAACUCAGCCGCAGCUUGUCCAAAUCGGACUCUGAUCUUCUGACCUGCUCUCCGACAGAGGACGAUGCCAUGGGGAGCCGGAGCGAAUCGCUCUCGAACUGCAGCACCGGGAAGAAAAGGCUGGAGAAGUCCCCGUCCUUUGCUUCGGAGUGGGAUGAGCGCCGGCAGCAGUCCCCACACGUCUUCAGAGCUGGGUCCCAGCACAGCAUUGAGAAAAUCAUGAGUUCCAUCGGCGAAGGCAUUGACUUUUCUCAGGCGCAGCAGAGGAUCUCAGGUUCGCGGAUGCUGGAGCAGAGUGUCGGGGAGUGGCUGGAGUCCAUCGGCCUGCAGCAAUACGAGAGUAAGCUGCUUUUGAACGGCUUUGAUGAUGUCCGCUUCCUGGGCUGUAAUGUCAUGGAAGACCAGGACCUUCGGGACAUUGGGAUCGGUGACCCGCAGCACCGUCGGAAGCUCCUCCAGGCUGCUCGCUCCCUCCCAAAGUUGAAACCCCUGGGCUGUGAUGGGAACAGCCAGCCUUCGGUUCCCGCAUGGCUCGACUCUUUGGGGCUGCAGGAUUAUAUUCAGUCCUUCCUCUCGAGCGGCUACAGCUCUAUUGACACUGUGAAAAACCUCUGGGAGCUUGAAAUAGUAAACGUGCUGAAAGUGAAUCUGCUUGGCCAUCGGAAGAGGAUCAUCGCCUCCCUGGCAGACAGACCGUACGAGGAGCCACCUGCAAAGCCGCCGCGGUUCUCGCAGCUGAGAUGCCAGGACUUGAUGUCCCAGACAUCGUCGCCCUUGAGCCAGAACGACUCCUGCACGGGCAGAUCUGCCGAUCUCCUGCUGCCCUCCGGGGACACCGGGAAGAGGCAACACGACCGCGGCACUGAGGUUGCUCCCUACUCGAGAGCUGAGCGCUACAAAGCACAGGAGGACCGUCGGGAGUCAAAGCUGACCCUGCGCCCCCCCAGCCUGGCUGCCCCAUAUGCCCCAGUCCAAAACUGGCAGCACCAGCCAGAGAAGCUCAUCUUCGAGUCCUGCGGGUACGAGGCCAACUACUUGGGCUCCAUGUUGAUCAAAGACCUGCGAGGGACAGAGUCUACGCAGGAUGCGUGUGCCAAGAUGAGGAAAUCCACAGAGCAUAUGAAGAAGAUCCCGACCAUAAUACUGUCCAUCACCUACAAAGGGGUGAAGUUCAUCGAUGCCUCUAACAAGAAUGUCAUUGCUGAGCACGAGAUUCGGAAUAUCUCCUGCGCUGCUCAGGACCCCGAGGAUCUCUGCACAUUUGCCUACAUCACCAAGGACCUGCAGACCAGCCACCACUACUGCCAUGUCUUCAGCACUGUGGAUGUGAACCUGACGUAUGAGAUCAUCCUCACAUUGGGGCAGGCGUUUGAGGUUGCCUACCAGCUGGCCCUCCAAGCCCAGAGAGCGAAGCCUCUGGGUGCUGCAGCAGGAGAAAUGAUCGAAACAAAAUCUUCCAAACCGGUGCCUAAACCACGAGCCGGCACGAGGAAAUCCGCAGUGCCGCUCCCUCCCGACACUCGCUGUUGUUACUGUCACACCUGUACAACACACCGCCCCUCCUACCUGCCGCUGCAGUCUGUUAGUCCCGGAGCUAAGCUGGAGCCCCCUGAAGUGGACCAAGACUCCCAGUCUCAUGCCAGUGUCUCCUGGGUUGUGGACCCCAAACAGGACUCCAAGCGGACCCUCAGCACUAAGUAUGAGACCACUAUCUUCUAAAGCAAACACACCCCGUGUCCACCUAGUCUAACCGUGCCUUUGCGAUCUGAUCUGUCUGCUGUUCUAAACUCCCUCUUCCUCCAGCUGCUCGCACUGAGCCCCGCGUAGGCACUUCGUCAAAGGCAGCAGCACUUAGGAGACUGUAGACUUACAUGGCUUUUGUACCUGAUCACUACUGAACACUGUGAAUUCUCCUUACUCGGAAACAAGGGUAACACGCUGUUAGAUAUCUGUGAGGUGGGAGGUGCAGAGGGAUGCAGGCUGGGGGAAUCGGAGAUGUGGAUCCAGGAAGCCGCCUGCCGUUUUCACGUCUUGCCCCUCGCUCUGGCACUGUGAAUCCCUGGGGCAACGUGACGCUCCCCAGGCCUUUUUUUUUCUAUUUCACCUUCUUAUCCUUGGACUGAUGGAGACCUCUUGUCUCUGCGGUGCACGCACUCCCUCCUCCUAGAUCCUCUUCUUCCUGACUGAGCCACGGCUGCGUACUGUUCCAGUGAACUCACCCCUCUUCUUACCUGCCACUCGAAUCGACACUAACCACUGUGAUGCUGUCUGCAAAUAACACACGUUCACUAGAUUUCCUCACGGGGACCCUUGCCCACAGUCUCUCCCCUCAAAGCCUGGAGCAGAAAAACUGCCCUGACGGGAGCGCUGGUCUGGGCCAGGUGUGAUCGUUCCCACUGUGAGCUUUGUCCCUCUCAGAGACAAGGUGCUGUUCUGGUUGCAUGCAUUUCAGUCCCUUGUAGGGUUCCCCCCUCCCCACCCCCAUAGUCCUUCUGUUUACACUCACCAAACUCCUCAUGAGCUACAGGCAUAGUUCUCACUUGGCAGAUUGUAAAGAGGUUAAACUUUUAAAGGCACAUGUUGUUAGCCCCGUGCUGGGAAGGAAAGGUGUUUGAGAGGGGCUGGGUACUGUUCGAGGUCUGAUAAAGCAGACAGAGCUCUGCUGUGUUCAGCAAGCUUGCUGCGGUUGUACUUUUUUUUUUUUUGCUGAAGGGAGAAAUGUGAUUGAAAUCAGUCUGCUGCUGAUCUAAAGCUUGUGUUAAGUCUAUGAACCAUUGCGUGUUGAGGGCUAUAGGGAUCUUGAAACAUCUGUCGCCCUUCAUCCUUGAGAGUGAGGAUUUCACUUAGAGAUGGCCCUGCGUCACGGGGCACCUCUGCCUUUUCUGGCUGUUUCUCAAGCGCACAUGUUUUUAUUCUGGGAAAAUGUCCCAUUUCUGUGUAUCUCAGUAGAAACAGCUUUUAAUAUCAGAAUGUGACUGGGAGUCGCCUGCAUGAGACCACAGGGCGCUUGGCACAGGGCGGAGCAGAGCUGGGGCAGGUCUGGGAAAGCCAUACAGUGUUCACGACCCUGUGAAAGCCCCGGCGAGUGUCCAUGUUCCUACCCCUCAUUCCUUCGCUUGCAUUUGCAAUUGAGCUUUUCAGUCUCACUGAGAUGAAACUGAGGAGGAGGAGGAUCUGACGAAUACCAGCACUGGGAGGCAGGACUCCUGCCCUGGUGCUGCUUCUCCCUGACUUGCUGUGUGUCCAAGCAACAUCGCCUCUCUUUACCUAAGUUUCCCCGUGUACGGGAUGGGGACAGACUUGCCUCCCUCUCGGGCGUAAGGCUUGCUCUGUUUGCAGAGUGGUUUUAAGACCCUUUAGUGAAAGGUGCUGCGACUUCCACACUGUGGCAGCAAAGCCCCGAUGCUCUCCUGACGGAUGAAGUGCUUAACUUGCACAGACGGCCUUGUAGCAAAGCUGCCUCUUGGACCCCGACCAGCUCCUCGCAGGCAGCGGCUGUUGCACCUUUCCCGGGAAGGGGGCUGAGCAGAUGGGGCAGUGCGAGAAGGGCUGCAGCCCUGUGUAAUUGGGCUGCACAAAGCUCGCCAAUGUGCACCUUGGUGUGAGCAUCUGAACUGAGUGGAGGUUUUGUGUCUUGGCAAAAUCCCCUCGCAGCCCAGUUCUGGAGAGCUGGCGGUGACAGUGGGUCUGUGUCGGAGAGCUGUGAAGGGAGGUGGACAGCAGCUACGUGCUCACCUCUGCAUGCGAUGUCUGGGUGGACAUCUUAGAUGUAAGCGAGGAGGGGGAUGCACUCACAUCUCCAGUAAAGCUUCAUUUCCAAAACAGCUUUUAGAAUUUACCCCAAAUCUCCCUUUGCGAUCACCAGUUGGCAUCAGUGGUGAGCGGUCAGAACAGCAGCCCAGGGUUAUUUAUACACCUGGUAUUUAGUGGCUAGAACAAGUCCAAGUUUUGCCAGGGCUGUUGCCUGACAGCUGCUGUUUCCCCAGACUUAGGUGAAACAUGAUGUUUCAAAAUCUUUAUUCAGCUCUUUCUCAGGAAUGGUUUUGAUCUCCCAAGUCCUUUGUGGCUUUAUGGCACUGAGCGGCAAACUGACUUCAAAACAAGGGCCAGGCUAGUAAGAGCCCAAGUGAGAGGACUAAAAAAGAAAGCUCAGUCUAGUAUAUAUAUUUCAUAUGCCAUGGAGCUGCUUAACGUAGAGCCAGCACUCCUCUGCCUAAAGACCCCGAAGCUGAGGUCACCCUGCAGUUGCCUGAGGUGCUGCAGUGCCCUCCUGCCAGCCAGAGAAUAUUGGUGUGUCUGAGGUGAUCCAAAGGUUGGGUUUGGGUUGGACCGGCAUCUCUCUGAGCUGUAAGGGUGCCCUGAGGGUUUCUGUAUCCUUCAAAGAGAAAGUGAAUUAAUGGUAGUGAUGGUAGUGCAGUUUCUAUGCAUAAGCAUCGACCAUGCAGUCGCCCACACGUACACGGGAGUUUAGAGAGUCUGAGCUCUUGUGUCUCCCCCUGCCUUCAGCUGGGAAGGGCAGGUUCCUCAGCACCUCCUAAAACUGGGUCACUAGAGCAUGUGCCUUUCUAAGGGUGACCAUCCAAACCCAGCGGGGAUCACAGGCAGAACUACAGAGCUUCCGCUGUGUGUCCAUAACCCUCACGGCUGUGUCUCAUCUCCUGGCCAUACGCCUUCGUCUUUCCCAGCGCUUGUUUUUUUAUAUGACUCGGAAAUCAUUCAUUCCAUUAUCUUCCUUUCUGUUUGCCUCUGAAAAGCUGAUCUCCGGGCAGCUGUCUCCUACCAUGGAAAUGUAGUAGCGGGGCAGAGACCUAAGAAGCAGUGGCCUGCUGACAUGAAGAUCAUCUCCACCUGGCACUGGUGUCUGCCUCGGAGUGGGUGCAUGGCUGCUCAGUGAGGGCUUCCAAAGCAGAGGGGGGAAAGGGAUCCCAGCCACCAGCUGAGGAAAGCAGCUCUCUCCAUUUCUAGGAAAGGAAAGUUGAGACUUCUGAGAGCGAUGUCACCUUUUCUAGUUUGAGACAAAUGUCUUUCGACCCGUUUCUUUUUUUAACACACAAAAUGAUAACAGAACAACUCCAGUUCAUGGUUUAAAUGUAGCAAUGCAGUUUUUUGGUGAGGAAAAAAAAUAUAUCCUUAUUUACUGAGAAUCCACGCAGUCUGGCAAGGAGUACAAUAGAAAGUCUUAGCAGUGGGAGUGGUGUGCACAUCUCUAACGGUACUUAAAUUUGCUUCGAUUCUGGGUGAACAGUAGAGAACGGCAAAUUCUUGGAAAUAACUUCCUCCAGUGUGAGAAGCCUUGCAGGGUAAGUCUGCAUCCUUUGUUUUCAAAGCUACUCCACACUUUUAUAGCAAAUGGAAAUAAGGAAGAGUCUGCAAAGAAUCUUUCACCCCAGAGUGGUUGUGGCCAAGUAUUACCGAUGGUACAAAGCUUGCUUCCCCUACAGAGAACUGUUGCGUUGCAAUACUUGACAUUUCUAUGGCAAGGACACAAUUCCCAUUUACACACUGAAUAUCUGGAGACGACUCCCUUCUCCAGUCUCUUGUGCACCUGUCUUGUUUUUAAAUGCAGUUAUGCCCUGAAGGGUUGGGUUUGGUUUUUUGGUUUGUUUUUUUGUUUUGUUUUGGUUUUUUUUAAAGUAUAUUCAAUUGUGAUUUAGCACUUUUUUGAUACUAGCUCAUUAUUUAAUUCGUGCAACAAUUUCAGAAGAUAAAUAAGGAGUUAAAUUUUGGGCAUUACACUGAAACAGUCCCUACCCGAGGAUAAAUCAUAUCAACCUGCGGAUGGCUUGGCCCCUGUCUAAGUCCAGUAUCCCCAGAUGCCACCAUCUCGAAGGUGCUGUGUGCUUACUUGUCUUUCAAAUUACCAGAGUAUUUAACAGUAGUUUUGGCUGGGCCUUAUGUGUUUUCACAGUACUGUUCCCCUCAAGGGAGAGAUGUUAAAAUGGUUGUGAUUUGAAGUCUUCAGAUAAAAAACUGUAGCGCAGCACAUUUUGUUCUAACCUCGACAGGCAUUGUAAAGGUUGGGGAUGUGGUACCCUGCUGCUUUACAAGAAUGAUAUGCCCAAAUAAUUUCUGUUUAACUCCAGUUGCUGCUGUAUGUCAGGAUUUCAUUUAGUCUCUCUCGCCAGUAAGGCUGGGAGAAGUGAACCGUAAUCCCGAGGGCAUAGACCUGUAAAUGAUUAGGAGGAGGAAGUGGAGGUUGUUUGUUGUUUUUUUUUUUAAGUUGAUAACUUUAGGAAACCUAACAUUCCUUGUUAUGCAUAUGUUGCAAUUCAUACUGGUGUAAGUGUAAAUAUUUGGUGUGUUGGCAACAAGUCUUUUUGGAGAGAUUGCAAAUUGAACCUCUGCUUGGGAGGAGGGACACCUUUCUUUUUUGAUGCAUGAGCUUUUUGAAGGUUGGCUUGGAGGUGACGUGGUGAUGAAGACUCCAAUCGCUGGGGGACUGGGCUUGGUGACCCUGGUGGUCCUUUCCAGUCCUGCGUGUAAUCCUCUGGUUGUCUUUAGUGAUCCAACAGUUCUGUAGCCAGAUACUCUCUUUCUCACUUCAUAGACAAAGCAAUUGUUCUGGCAGCGCAUCUCCCCUUUUAUUUCGAUGGCUUUUCUCAAGGUACUUGCAUGCCCGAGACUGAUCCUGGACCAUGCCAUCGCCAACUGCCGGUAACCUGCUAACCCGGCCAUCGCACAGUGUUCUGGCUCUUCCUCCCUACAGGGUUUCGUGGUAUCUGGAGGAAAGUGCCCUAAAUUUCUGGUGCUGAAUAUGACUUCGAAUCAAAAUGCAUCUGCUCUGUUACCUGCCUGGGAAAAGGUGGCACUGCCCUGGGCCUUGUUCCCCUAUUUAAGGACAGAUUGUAUUUUAAAGUUGUUGGUUUGUGCGUGGCAUGAGUCUGGGCUGAGAACUCCAGAUGGGUAAACCAAGAUGCAGAGUUGUUAUCUUUUUUUAUACAGGGAAUUUUUUUUUCCCAAUUUGAAGCUGCUUUAUCCUUUUUAAUUUUGUAUCUACAAAGAAAAAAAGCUAAUCUUAGCUGUUCAGCUGACUCUGAACUCGCUUUGGGAUUGUUCUUUUUAGAAGAAAUUAUGCAACUUUUGCGGGGUACGUGCCUGUCCCCCUCCCAGGGAAAAGAUGCAGCACCUUCCAGGAUGUACCUCUAGUGAAAAGCUCGUACAUUCACAAGGCUGCUGAGACACAGACCAGAUGCCAAAUAGUCCCUCCAAACACGUCCAGUCCCGUGCGCAGCUGAAGUGGAGUCAAUUGCUUUAAUGCUCUUUCCACCCCACUUCAGACGUUUCUAGCAGCAGCAGCAGAAUCUCCCCUGGCUUUCUUCUGCUUGCAUCAUUUCCAUGCAACCAGGUUUUUAUUUUAGAGCAAGCAUGGUGUUUGCAACGCUGUCUUGUUGCAAAAGGUCUCCUUUUUAGGUCUCAUAUUGGCAUUACUUACUGCUUUUUUUUAUUAUUAUUUCUUCAAAAGGAAGUAACUGUGCUGCUUUUGCAAAGUCGAUCUAGCUCAAAUGUUUUUUCUUUUCCAUGGAAGAAUAACCUGAGAUUCCCUAACAGGGCAGAGAACAGUCAAGUUCAGUUUGCAAUGUAGACAUUUUUGCUAAUUGUGAUGUACGGCAGUGGGACUGAUUUGUAAUACAAAUGUUAUUUAAUCUGUCUGUAUUUUGAUACUUGAAUUUCCUUUUUUUUUUCCUGUAUAUACAAUUGUUAAUCUGUUUGAAUUUGUCGGAAUUUUAAACAUCUUGUGGUACCAAACAUAACCAAUCUGUGCAACAACAUAGACUGACCUCACUACAACAAGGCGAGAUUGUAAAUAUUCCUGGGCUUCCAGCAGUCGUUUUGUUGUUUUCAUAAUUGUACAACUUAGAACAGACUGAAUUAAUAAACCAACUUAGACACA